UAUAACGCGAUAAUGAAGGGCUAUAUGUUAGUAUGUUUCUAAUGUUUAAUAGAAUUAGUUGUGUCAUAACUUUAUUUAUAAUACAAAAUAAUUAUUACAUCGUUCCUGUUAUUACCAAAAAAAAAUAACUAGUUAAUUCUACGAUAAUUAUCACUCAUUAAACUUUUUACUAGAAUAUCCAAGCAAAUCAGGGUCGGAUUUAUAGUGGAAAAAAAAUGGAUUCAAUACCGAAAAAUGAAAUUUUAUCUUUCCAUCAAGAUACUCUUGUAAGUAUACGCAAGGAAUAUGAUUUAGAUAUACCGGGAAGAAUGGAUGAAUCUAUCGAUGUUUUAAUUGAUUGGCUUAAGAAACAGGAACAUUUCAUAAAGAAAGAUUUUGAUAGAGACUAUCUAGAAAGAUUGAUUAUUUUCGGUAAAGGGUCUGUGGAGCGUACAAAAACAAAUUUGGACAGAUCUUGUACGUUGAGAUCUUUGUUACCGAACUUAUACAAAAGUAUUGAUUUUAAGCGUGAUUAUAAAGAUUCUAAUAUUCUAAUCGACGGUGUUAUGCCCAAACUCACUGAGGACCACUACAGAACAUAUGUAUUGAGAAACGUCGGCAAACGAUUUGAUAAUGGCUUCACAAACUACUUUCGAUUUGCAAUAACAUUGGCUGAAUAUUUACAACGAUAUGAUUAUUGCAAAGGAUUUAUAAUAGUUGUUGAUUAUAGAGAAACUAAUAUUUUAGAACUUAUAAAGAGUCUGGAUAUGGUCGAGAUGAAUCAAGUAUUUAAUAUUAUAACAAAAGGUUUCGGUAUGAGAGUAAAAGGUAUACAUAUACUUUCUCAUUCAAAAUCUGUAGAAACGGUAGUCUCAAUGCUGAAACAGAUUUUUAGCAAGAAGAUUGGUGAGCGCAUUCAAGUACACAAUAAUGUGGAAUCUUUACACAAGUUUGUAGACAAAGAUAUUUUACCUCCCGAACUUGGAGGAAAUGAAAAAUCUUUGGUUGAAAUUCAUGAUAAAUGGAUAAACGUUUUGAGCUCCAAAGAGUUUCAAGAGUAUUACCAGACAAUCAAACAAGCAGUUACAAAUGAGAAUUACAGACCUACUGACAAAUUUAAUGAAGAAUAUAUGGGAACAGCUGGAACAUUCAGAACUUUAAGUUUAGAUUAAAGCUAGAUUUUUAUUUAGACAACUAAAUUAUAACAAAAAGUGUAGAUACUAAUAAAUAAUUUCAAUUACAUCGAUG